CACAAGAUUGAAAACAUGCAGAGAGUCAAAGACAAGCACAAAGCCAUCAUGAGGAACAAGUAUGAUAGAUUAUAUGAAGGAAUCAAACUACAAGAGACCGAAACCCUCCUAAACCGGAUCUACACCCAGCUGUACAUCAUAGAUGGAGAGAGUGGAGGAGUAAAUGAAGAACAUGAGGUUUUACAGAUGGAGAAAACAGCCAGAACAAAACACUCCCAACACACUCCAAUCUACUGCAAUGACAUCUUUAAAGAGGAGAAAGAGCAAAUCAAGACUGUUCUUACUAAAGGCAUCGCUGGAAUCGGAAAAACCGUCUCUGUGCAGAAGUUCAUUCUGGACUGGGCCGAGGGAAAAGCCAAUCAGGAUGUAGAUUUCAUGUUUGUGCUUCCAUUUCGAGAGCUGAACUUGAUCAGAGAUCAUCAGUACAGUCUUCACACACUUCUGCUGGACUUUCAUCCUGAACUUGAAGAUCUGGAGCCCAAGAUUUAUGAGGAGUGUAAAGUUGUGUUCAUCUUUGAUGGUCUGGAUGAAAGCAGAAUCACACUGAUGUUUUCAGACGCUCAGAAAGUUUGUGAUGUGACUGAGACUUCAUCAGUGGCUGUGUUGAUGUCAAAGCUGAUGAAAGGAGAGCUGCUUCCCUCUGCUCUCAUCUGGAUCACCUCCAGACCAGCAGCAGCCAAUCAGAUCCCCUCCAAAUACAUCAAGCGUCUGACAGAAAUUCAGGGAUUCACUGAGCCUCAGAAGGAGGAAUAUUUCAGGAAGAGAAUCAGUGAGCAGCAUCAAGCCAGCAGAAUCAUCUCACACAUCAGAAGAGCAAGAAGCCUCCACAUCAUGUGCCACAUACCCGUCUUCUGCUGGAUCUCAUCCACUGUGCUUCAGAAGCUCCUGGAAGAAGAUCUGAGUGCAGAAAUCCCUCAAACUCUGACUGAAAUGUACAUCCACUUCCUGCUGAUUCAGAUCAACAUGAGGAAUCAGAAGUAUGAAGAGAGAGAUCCAGAGAAACUCCUGCAGUCCAACAGAGAAGUGAUUGUCAAACUUGCUGAAGUGGCUUUCAGACAGCUGAUGAAGGGCAAUGUGAUGUUCUAUGAGGAGGACCUGAUUGAGAGCGGUGUAGAUGCAGCUCACACCUCAAUAUAUUCUGGGAUUUGCACUGAGAUCUUUAAGGAGGAAUCUGUGAUUCAGCAGAGGAAAGUCUACAGCUUCAUCCAUCUGAGUGUUCAGGAGUUUCUGGCUGCUUUCUAUGUGUUUUAUUACUUCAUAAGCAACACCACAGAGCCAUUUUUAGAUUCAUUGCAUAAUUUACAUAAGAGAGCAGUAGAAAAAACCAUUGAGAGUGAGAAUGGGCGUCUGGAUCUGUUCCUGCGGUUCCUGCUGGGCGUCUCACUGGAGUCCAAUCAGAGCCUCUUCCAGGAUCUACUGACACACACAGAGAAGAGCUCAGAGAGCAUCAGGAGAAGCACACAGUACAUUAAAGAGAAGAUCAGAGAUGGACAUGGACUCUCCACUGAAAGAUCCAUCAAUCUGUUCCUCUGUCUGCAGGAAGUGAAAGAUCAGACUCUGUCCAGAGAGAUUCAGGAGUUUGUGAAAUCAGACAAACAGUCAGAGAAGAAACUCUCUCCUGCUCACUGCUCAACAAUCGCCUACAUGCUUCAGAUGUCAGAGGAGGUGCUGGAUGAGCUGGAGCUCCACAAAUACAACACAUCAGAUGAGGGCAGGAGAAGACUGAUACCAGCCGUCAGCAACUGCACAAGAGCCCUUCUUGCUGGCUGUAAUCUCUCUGCUCAGGAUUGUGAAAUUGUGUCGUCAGUUCUUCAAUCCUCAAACUGUGUCCUGAGAGAGCUGGACCUGAGUAACAAUGACCUGCAGGAUUCAGGAGUGAAGCUGCUCUCUGAUGGACUGAAGAGUCCAAACUGUCAGCUGGAGAUACUGAGGUUGUCUGGCUGUAUGGUGACAGAGGAAGGCUGUGGUUUUCUAUCUUCAGCUCUGAGUUCAAACCCCUCACACCUGAGAGAGCUGGAUCUGAGCUACAAUCACCCAAGACAAUCAGGAGUCCAGCUGCUCCAACACACACUAGAGAAACUCAAUGUGGACAAUGGAGGUGCUUUAAGAAUCACACCAGGACUGAAUAAAUAUGCAGUAGAUCUCACUCUGGAUCCAAACACUGCAAACACUAACAUCAUCCUGUCUGAGGACAACAGAAAGGCAACAUACACAGAAGAGCCACAGCCGUAUCCUGAUCACCCAGAGAGAUUUGUUGGUGGUGAACGGGUUCUGUGCCAAGAGAAACUAACUGGGCGCUGUUACUGGGAGGUGAAAUGGAGUGGAUGGGGUCAUGCAGCGGUGACGUAUAGAGGAAUCAGGAGGAAGGGAGGCAGCUACUGCAGGUUUGGGUACAAUGACAAAUCCUGGAGUCUGGAUUACUCUGAUGACAGAUUCACUGUCUGGCACAAUAAAAAGAGAAUCGACAUACCAGCCCUUUCACCUCAGUCUAAUAGAGUAGGGGUGUAUGUGGACGUGCCGUCCGGCUCUCUGUCCUUCUACAGCAUUUCUGACACACACACACUCACACACUUACACACAUACAACACCACAUUCACUGAACCCCUCUAUGCUGGGUUCAGAGUUUAUGAGUCUGAACUGUCUUUGUGCCAGAUAUAACAACACAGAGAGAACAACAGACUGUCCACUGACUUUAUUGUUUGCUAAUUAAAACCACACACAUUUAUUAAAAUGUUCUGUUUCAUGCAGUAUAUAAUGUAACUUGGGGAAAGGGAUAUAGAUUGCUAUUUACAGUGAAGGUUUGGAAUCAGGACAUUGACUGAUUAUUGGUCAAGUAAUGAAAGCUACUGAAAAAAGCUGUACAGCAAUUUAGCCAUUCUUUAAGGAUUUUGAGAGGCCUGAUCAGAUUUUUGCAGCCAAAAGUGACUAACUGCAUUGCUUUUCUCUAAAAGUCCUAUUUUUAUGGCCUUGUUGUUUUACUGUUUAUAUACCAUUUUUUAAUCCAUAUUGAGAAAAGAUACUUUUAAAUCGGCUUACUUACCCACUAAGCACAGACAUGUCCAAAAAACAUAAAUGAAAAGUCACAGUCGUAAGUUUAAAAGAUGUCCACUGAGAAGCCAGACUAAGGGUUUUUGCAAUGUCUUUUUUAGACUUCUUUUUAGCAUUCAGUAUUAUUAUCCAAGUGACAAAAAUAGCGAACAUUCAAAAGACAUCCACUCAGUUUUUGCGAUGCCUUUUUUAGACAAAAUUCUACUGAUCGGUAUUAACAAUCAAGUUAAAUUAAAAUUGAACAUUUAAAAGAUGUCUACUGGUGAGUUGUUGCAAUGUCUUUUUUAACACUACAAAUUGCUCAUUCAUCUACUCUGAAGAAGCUGAAGGUCACCACUCAUUGCUUUUCACCAAGAACGGUCAUAGAUACACGGACACCAGAGUAUUUAAGAGCCUUUAAUCAGCUUUAUGUCUGCUGUAGUAACGUUACAAAUAUGUUAUUGUUAUCUAAAUUUGUUACAUUGCUACUUACAAGUGGUCCUACAUUUAAUGCACUAUUGAAGUUAUUUCAACAUAAGCAACAUGUGUAUUUGCACAUAAUGGAAUUUCAGUAUUUAAGUUCAGUUUUAGAUACAUAAUCAUUAAGCUUUACAUGCUGAUGUUAGUUUAACAAUUUCAAGGUCAGCAGCCAGCUGCCAUGCACGAUGAACAACUUCAAAUGUUCUGUUUCAAAUGUUUCAAAAUGGAACAUUUUCAUAAAAUGUAGUCCUUACAAAAUAGACAACCAGUUGUUACCUUUCCACACAUGGCUAUGUAGUUUAGUAUUUUCUUCCCCCUUAAUAAUAAAAAUAUUAAUUUAAAAAA